GGGCGACCGCCCUCUCCUGAUCAUAGCUGUGUUGCAUGCUCAUAAACACAUUUAGAAAGUGAAACUGAAAAGCACAUCUCGAAAAGUAGGGAGAAGUCCGCUGUCAUGAUGGCUGAGGGAGGGCUUUUGGAUUCGUUGGAGGGAGUUAAAAAGGAGAUCAUCAGGCAAAAGGCUCUAUACGAGAAGUUGGUUGAGGAGCAGGCGCAGCUGGUGAACACCAAUUCUAAACGGGAACACCAGACCAAGGAAUUCACGGACCGCUUUGUAAAAAUCACAGAAAUACAGGAACAGGCCAAGGAACAACAUCUGGAAACCAUUAACUCUCAAAAGAAAAAACGUGACUCCCUGAAGCAGGAAGAGGCAGAACUUCUUGAAGAUCACAAAGGGACCGAAACAGCCUUAGAAGAGCAGGAGGCCAAAGAGGCUGAGGUUGAAGGUGCCACCAAUGUGAACACCGUGGUACCCAAGAGGGAGGUAGUCUUCCGUGGUGCCACCGCGGCUACUGGGAAUCCACAACUCUUUGACGUGAAGUCUCGCAUAAAGUACCCCAUGGAGGGUGGGACUGCGCUGAUCACGUUUGAAGACGAAAUAGUGGCUCGGAAGAUCCAGUCCCUGCAGACCCACAAAGUGACCCUGGAGGGGGAAUGCUACAUCACGGUAGAGGCCCACCCCGUCCAGCUGAUGGUCCCCACCUUGGUCCAGAUGGACACCCGGGUGUGUCCCCGCAGCAUCCUGGUGUCCCAGCUGCCGGACGUGGACAGUGAGGUCAUCCUGGACAAGCUGGAGAUCCACUUCGGCAAGAGCUUUAACGGCGGCGGGGAGGUGGCCAGCAGACAUUUCCAGGAGGACACGAGGAAUGCCGUGCUCGUCUUCACAGAUGACAAAUUUGCCCUGGGCCUGACCCAGAAGGAGAACCACGAGGUGUCAUUUCCCAAAAAAUCGAAGCACAAAGUGAGGGUGACCCCUUUCGUCAACGGAACCAUCACUCGUGUAGAGACCGAGGCAUUGGCGUGCCCCCGCACUGUGCUGCUGACCGGUAUUCCUGGUGUCAUGGAUGCCGACUGUCUGCAGGACACGCUGGAGAUCUUCUUCCAGAAGGGCAGCAAUGGCGGAGGGGAGAUAAGCAACGCACUGUACAACCCCCCAGGCCAGACCGCCGUGGCCCUCUUCGAGCAAGACACAGGGAUCUGACGCGUUCCCGUCUGAUAGGUUAUGAGACUUCCAUGUGUCCUAUGGUGCCUUUAAAACACGAAGGGCGGGAAUGUACGACGACUUCAUGUCGGAGCUCAUGAGUCCUUUAUUAACCUCUUCACCGCAAAGCCUAUUUCUGAGCUUUUUUCUGAAAACAUGCAGUAAAAAGGUAAAUGGAGUAUAGCUCCUUAACCGCAAGGGCUAUAUUAUGUAUAAUAAUAUUUAAUCAUGUUACCAAACAAAACACAGGUAACACCUGUGAGAUUGUUGUAUAUGUGGAAGAAAUCACGUUGGAUAAUACUUGGUUGGGGGGAAUAAAGUUAGAACACAGCACGAGUCGAAGAUUUUAUUUCCGCCUGAAUUUUAAGAGUCCAAUCUUUCUAGUGGUGUAUCACAAGACGACUAGCUCAUGUGUUUUAAUGUCUUACGUCUUUGAAUUGUGGGUGAUUAAAUAUUUGAUCGGCUUUGGUUUAUCUGCAAGGAGUAUUCAAAUAUUAUCUACUUUUGUUUGGAGAUAGUUGUUAAAAACAUAGUUAAGAAGGAAAAUGUAGGUUUAAUGACUACAAAUUAUGUAAAAAGAAAGAAUGUAAUUAACAUAUAUUUGUCCUUCCUAUGAACACAAGUAUUGAGAAUUAUACAAUUGGCUGAUUCAGCCAUUAUCUUACUCUGUGGGGAACACCAUUAAUAGUUUUUAAAAGCCUGUAAUCGUCUCAAUCGAUUAAUAAAAAUAUAAAUUCAAAAACGGUUUGUUUUGUAAUAUUGGCGCUAUUGUUUGGGUGAACACACUGUGAACACAGUGUGCCUUCAAAAAGGCAGAGACAAAAUGCAUGAAAACUACAACAGCAUCCAGAGUAGGCCUACAAGUCAGGUUUAUUGGAAUACACAAACCAACAAACGGGAAAAGACAACAGAGGGGUGAAAAAAAAGUCACUUAAAAGCCAAGCAAAACGUAUAAGAACCAAACUAAAAACAAAAACAGAUCACUGAACACAACGUACCCAGCAUAGCCCCACUAGUGCAGACCCUGAGUGUAAAACACGAGGCGAAGGAACUACAGGCACUUAGACUCAGGGGAGAACGGCUAGGUGGAGUGACGUGGUGUUAGAGUACAUUCAAAGGAAAGCCCGCCAAGGAAGCAUCGCGCGCGGAAAAUAACGGCCGACGGAGUGACGUGACGCGGAAAAUGACGGCCGACGGAGCGACGCGACGCGGAAAAUAACGGCCAACAUUGAAAGAGAAAACGGACAGCUAAGCGACAACCUCAGCGACGAUCAGUAUCAUUUAGAACCGCUCCGAAAGAAAAAAACAAUGUCCUUAUGCUAACACACCAUCUAGUGCAGGCGGCCAUUGAGAGCUUACAUCUAAAGUGGCAUUUUUAGUACGUUAGAAAUAGCCUAUUUUGUGCUCGGGCGCUACAUCUACAAACAGGAAAUUACCUAGUAACUUUCUAGCCUUCUUGCGUUGUGCGUGCUUGGAUUUCCCGGUCCUCAAUAGCGUCUCAACAAUAAUCAACGGACAAGACGCCCAACUCACGCCUCAUCUCACCAUUCCUUUAAAAACUCUAAAACGGUUCUAUUUACACCCAACAGGUCCAUGAAGCUUAAAAAGGAAAAUAAAUGGCUACCAGCUAUUGAAUCAGAACGACGAGGCCCCCUAGUGGUGAAGAAGGGUUCACAGGGUUUUUCGGUUGGUUCACAGGGUUUGUAUGCAUUCCCAUCACCGACAUGUCCGUUCAAUUGCAUAUCCUCAAGACAUGGUUAGGAAUUCCUAAAAUAACAUAAUGAUUUUUUACCUUCUACAGUAUUGCGAUUAUUGUAACAACAUUAAAAAAGUGAAAGCGUAAAAGAAUAUACAUUGAACUGAGAACUAUUCCUCAAAAAAAUCCACUCAAAAGUAACUCACUAGUAGAAAACAUAAGUCUCG